AAGCAUUUACUACCAUUUUAACUCGAAUUCCCAUUCGAAACAGGACGUAUGAGUAGGUGUGCAUCUGUGGCGAUCCGUCCUAAUCGAGAAUCUGAAAGCGUGGAGAGUUCAGUCCCGGCUUUUGUCACCGGGACCUGGUAAACUACGUUCCCCGUCCGGCGGGAUCGACUGGACCGCGUCGAAGAAAGACCCCUAAGUCAUGAAGCGAGAAAUCAGGUCCCGAUGACCUGUUUCCUUUCUCCCACCCAGUUUCCUUAAAAUCACAAUGCAGGACAAAAGCGAUGAUGAGGAUCCCUCGUCUCGAUCAACCCUGGAGUCGGAUACCGACCACUCGUCCAGCACGACUGAAGAGUUGGAGUCAUCAACCCGAAUUUGGAAGCGGGCAUGGCAAUGGCUAGAUCUCGACUUGGAGACCGUCAAAAUGAUGGCAAAAGGUGCCCUACCGCCGGCAAUCGCCGCAGCAAUGAACCAGUCAAACUCGGUCUCACGUAUCUAUACAACCCUGGGAUAUCUGGUAUCCAUUAUGGCCUUCUUCUCGUUCGCGACCCAGCCUCGAGCACGAUUCGUCCAGACUAUGACCUUGAAUAUUUUAGGGGUCUGCCUCUCUGCAGCUGUCAUGCUGUUGUCUAUCUACUGUGCAGUCAAGUCCAGGGAACAUUCAGAGAGCGCAGCACAGCGUGAUUCGCCAAACACCAAUCUCAAAGUCGAUUACAACGCCUCGGCUAGCGCGAUAAUUGGCGUGUGGCUCUGUGUGUCCAUCUACCUCAUCAACGUGGGACGGGCGAUGCGUCCACAAUAUUCAGUCACAGGCACUAUUUUGAGCUUUUUUGUCAUUGUCGCUUCGGUCAACGCCACGCGAAUAGCAAGCAUGUCGCAAGGCGAGAUCUUGAUCAAACACAUGAUUGGGGCAUUUCUGAUGGGGUUUGCAAUCGCAGUCGGCGUUUCGUUCUUCAUUUUCCCCCGAAGUCACCGGAAGCUAUGCUUCAAGUUGACGGAUGACUUUGUCAGCAAGCUCAAGGAUUCUCUGGCGGCUCAGGGUGCUUACAUGCGACGAAUGCGACGCAAAAACUUGGUUUUCACCUGCGUGCAAGAGACGAACGUUUCGACGGCGAGGAUGAGCCCCAAAGAGAUCCGAGCCACAAACUCGCCAGAAGCGCAACGGUUGAAGAACAGCACCGCAGGUCUCUCUGCAACCUUCGGUCGCAUGCAUACCGAACUGGAAUAUGCCAAGACAGAGUUUGCCGUUGGCCAUCUCGACGUGUACGACAUCAAAAAGAUUCGCGAAUUGCUCCAAUCUAUUCUGUUGCCCAUGAACGGAAUGUCCACGUUGGUUGACAUCUUGAAAGAAGUGGCCAUUCGAGCAGUCGGCGCAGUAGAUGACGAUGAUGCCGACGGUCUAGCUUUCGACGACUUGGAAGCAGAGCGUGUUGCGUGGGCCAAUGUGAUGGAUUCGCUCGUGAGUUCCUUCGACUCUCUAGCAGAGACUUUGGAAAAUGCGCUGGAUCAUAUAUACAUUCAAUUGCGAUUUGGCCGGAGGAGAAAACGGGCAGAAGACGCAGAGAAGGGAAACCCACGGUCCGGGGACCUGGAUUUCGCGGCUUUCCUGAGUCAAAAGAUCGACGAGUUUGACGCGUCCCGCGCCAGCACCUUGCAGGGUUGGAGUCAAGCAGCCAGUGUUGAUCUUCCGGUUACUUUCAUGACCGAUCUUUCAAGAGAUCCACAGCCGACGAUGACACGCCAUUUCGCAGGGCUAAGGCAUCACCGAAAGAACCAACAACGCAUGUAUCUGGUCUUGUACAUCGAGUUCCUGACCUGGUCCACUGCGAAAGGCGUUCUGGACCUGGUGGUGUUCGCCGAUGUCAAAUCAGAAGAAGCCUUGAAGAGGGGAUCCAAGUUGAUCCUCCCUGGAAAGAGGAGAAUGAAAAAAUGGAUUCGAAGUAUGUGGAUCUCGAAGGACUCCAUAGCUGAUCCCACGAUCACGGGUCGCGAGGGCACUCGAACCAUUGUUCAUCUCGGAGAAGCCUACAGAAAACGAAAAGACCCCGAACAUCUGCCAGCUGCCAGCUACCUGGAAAUCAUCGGUGAUCACAUACGGAGCACAUCACACUUCUUCGCGUCUGAAGAAUCGGCUUUCGGAUUCAGAGCUGUCUGCGCGGUGAUGACUGUGGCAAUCAUCGCCUUUCUUCGCGACACCCAGGAUUGGUUUCUCCAGCAGCGGGGCUUAUGGGCUCUCAUCCUUGUUGCCAUAUCACUGGCCCCAACGACCGGUGCUUCGGUGAUCGGAUUUCUGGGGCGGGUCGUCGGAACAAUAGCAGCAUGUUGCAGCUCGAUUACCCUGUGGUAUAUCGCAGACGGGAAAGCCGGCGGAGUCAUUCCAGUCCUCUUCAUCGUCGAAUUCCUCGGAUUCUACACAAUCUUCAAGUUCCCACAAUUUUCUGUCGGCGCUAUCCUCUUCAAUGUCACCAAUCUCUUGAUUGUGGGAUAUGAACUGGAAGUUACGAAACUUGGAAAGGAGACGGUAGCCUCGAAUGGGCAGCCAUACUAUCCAAUCUAUCUUCUGGCGCCGUACAGACUUGCCACCGUCCUGACCGGGACAUUCGUCGCUUUCAUCUGGUCAUAUUUUCCAUUCCCGAUGACUACUCAUGGUAAACUACGACGAGAUCUUGGAGCGGGGCUGUACCUUCUGGCCACAUACUACGCGACAGUACACAGCACGGUUGAGAUGCGCCUCCGAGACGAUAUCUUGGACCCCCGGAUCAAGAAAAGUCCGGCCUACCGAGUCGAAAAGGCACGAAAUAAAGCGUUUGCAAAGACGGGGAUCCAGAUUUCGAAACUGCACCUGUUGGCUAGUGAAUGGGAGCCCACCAUCGGCGGCCGCUUUCCCAAAGAAACGUACCACGAUAUCAUCGCAUCCAUGCAAACCAUCUUCAACUACAUGACACUCAUCUCGUAUUCAACGCGCACCUUUUCUCCAGCCUCCCCUCUGUUCUCUGCAUCUGCGGCCCCGUCGACCCGUCAUCUCGCUCCCAUCCUGACCGGCGAAUCCCAAACACUCCCAGACACCGAUCAGCCAUGGAUCAACAACUUUCGCCUCUUCAUGCGCGGCCUCAACAUAACGACGCACGAUAUCACGUCCAUGCUCAGUCUGCUCUCCGCCAGCGUCACCAACGCACAGCCUCUUCCACCCUUCCUAAGAGUGCCGCACCCGUAUCGUCUCGGUCCAGACCUCCAUAUUAUCGACCCCGAUGUUUUACGCGUCGAACAUGUCGCUGAGCCUUGCUAUGCGGCCUUUGCCGUCUGUCAGGUUGCCAGCAGUCUGGUCAGCGAGGAGCUGGAGCGAUUGAUAGGAAUGGUGAAGAGCCUUGUGGGCGAAGUCGACUUCAGCUUCCAAAUUGAACGAAAGCCCGAGAGAGUGACGACCUGGAGGAGCAGGACUGGGACUUUCGGAACCAAGAAUACGAAAGAAAGCGGCAGGGAUAAGAGGCACGGCGUGUCACAUUCGAAUGGGAAGGGCAAAGCCGAGUGAUUCUUCUGUGCUGCUGCGGGAUAUACCAAGUUGACGCUCACCGCUGUUCAAGCCGCUGCCCAAUUUUCGUGUCCUGUUAAUGAACCAUUACUCCCACAGUUGCUAGAUAGAUACUUACCAUCCCGUCUCCCCCGAACAAUUCAAACAAUGAUUCGCAGCAGGCCCGUGAGAGUUGU